GGCAGGAGGAAGGACCAAAGGAUGGCUAUUUCAAGAACUACGAAUCCCAGCAGGCAGUGCUCCUUCCCCGAGGCCGCCUACCAGGGAGAGGGAAAAGGUUCCGCGCGCGGGUUGAAUGGAAAUACUCGCUUGGGUCUCGAUUCUGCUGCUGGGCGUGGUGUUGCGGCUGCUGGUCGGGUACGCGGGAAGUUCGGGGACCCAGAGCUGAGCAAUUAAUGCAAGGACUUAAAUCCCCUACUCUGCUCCGGCUUGCCCAUCAUGCACAGGAAACAUCUCCAGGAGAUUCCCGAUUCUAACAGCAAUGUUAAUAUCACCUUCACUUGGGGAUGGGAUCUUAACAAGACACCAGAUUUGCUCUCGGGAAUGGGGGUCGCAGUUCUGGAGAAGGAAAAGGUGGACAGUGAAAACAUCCCCCAAGAGCUGCUCUUAACUCAAGCUCCGCCGCCAAAAAAGCAGAAGGUGAAAGCGAAGGAAAAGGACUUCGUGAUUGCCCGCAGGUCGAGGCAAUCCAAAGAAAACAAUUCAGGAAUUUCUUGGGAUAUGCUUCCAGACGAAUUGCUCCUCGGAAUCUUUUCUUAUUUAUCUCUGCCCGACCUUGUAAGAGUCUCCGGGAUUUGUAAGAGGUGGCAUCGCCUCUCAUUUGAUGAAUCGCUGUGGCAGACCUUAGACCUAACAGGGAAACAUUUACUGCCAGGGGUAAUUGGGCAGUUGCUCUCUGUAGGGGUGGUUGCAUUUCGUUGCCCAAGAUCACAUGUGGAUGCACCACUGUUUCAAAAUCUCAGGCCACUUCGGGUGCAGCACAUGGACCUUUCUAACUGUAUAAUAGAGGAGGCCGCCCUCCAGAGCAUUGUGUCUCGCUGUUGCAAACUACAGAACCUGAGCUUGGAAGGACUGAGGCUUUCAGAUGCCAUUGUCAGAAAUCUGGCUCAGAAUUCUGACUUAGUGCGAUUAAAUCUCUCUGGUUGUUCCGGAUUCUCAGCCUCUGCACUGAGGACUCUGCUGAGCAGCUGUACUUGCUUGGAUGAGUUGAACCUUUCCUGGUGUUCUGAUUUCACAGCAGAACACAUCCAAGUUGCUGUCAGCUCUGUUACAGAAAAUGUGACACAAUUGAAUCUCAGUGGGUAUCGACAGAAUCUGCAGAGAUCAGAUGUGACAAUAUUAGUUGGAAGGUGUCCUAAUCUGGUCCAUUUAGACUUAAGUGACAGUGUCCUGCUGAAGUCUGAUUGUUUCCAGGAAUUUCAUCAGCUCAUCUACCUCCAACAUCUGUCACUCAGCCGAUGUUAUGAAAUAGUGCCAGCAACCUUACUUGAACUUGGAGAUAUCCCCUCAUUGAAGACACUACAAGUUUUUGGAAUUAUAACAGAAAACUCCCUUCCUGUGCUAAAGGAAGCACUUCCACAUCUGAAGAUCAAUUGUUCUCAUUUUACCACCAUUGCCAGGCCAACAGUGGGCAAUAAAAAGAACCCAGAAAUCUGGGGCAUCAGAUGUCGCCUGAUGAUGCCCAGUCCUAAUAGCCACUGAUAUUUUCUUUAUAAAGUGACUUCUAUUUCCAGAAGAACAGACAAAAAGGCCCCGUUGCUUGGGGCUUCUCAAUUAUUUUUCUUCUGAGGAAUUAUACCUUUUGCCUUAACAACUGUUGGCUUGAAGUUCAUUUAACAAAGGACUGCUUCAAGUCAUUCACUCAAAAAUCCAGGAGUGUUUUGCACUGGGAACACAACUUUUGUCAAUGCCCUUUAAAAGUUUGUCUGCAGCACCAUGACACCAAGUAUUUAUGAGUUUAAGGAAACAGAUCUUUACUUAAUAGUAAACGGUGGUUCAAGGUAAGUACUUCAAACCACCUUUCACAUUCACUGUCAAAAAAAUCUUCAGAGUGCAAUCAAUGCUAAGUGAAUAAUUUUAUAGAAACUAUUGCAGCAAUUAUACAUGCUUUUUCCAUUUUAUUUCUGUCUUAUAUAGAAUGGAUUGGAUGAACCCCAAAUCACUUUUUUCUGAACUGAGUACAGAAUAGAGCACUAGAAUUUCUUGCUGUCUUAGGCUGGGGGAAAAUCCCAACUUUGCUUUGGAUGCUAAUCACCGAAACUUGAGGUAAUAAGAAUCAUGGGAAGGGAAAGCCCCACAAAAGUAUUUCAAGAGCCUGGGUGGGGGGAAAAGUGUUGUUUUUAGCCCAAAGAGUAAAGUAUAUUUCAACUUGGUGAUGGAAUUUGCACCAAAAAUGUUUGGGAACCUCAUAAGGGAGAGCAAGUGACAGCUAGUACCUAUGACUAAUGAACUCAAAAUCUUCUUGGACCAAUUAUACAAGGUUUCCUUAAUGGUGUGAAGUUUUUCUAGAUUCUAAAAUUAGCUCUGGGAAUAUAAUUAGGUGUUGCUUUUUUAUAUAAAAUCUCUUAUCAUGACGAAGUAUCAAUAUUGGUAAAGACUUUUGUCUCAUUCACUUUUUAAAGUUGAAGGUGCUAAUAACCCCUUCGAUAGCUCAGCUGGUAGAGCGGAGGACUGUAGAAAGUAAAGUUGAAGGUGCUUUUGCUUCUAAUGGUUGAUGUUCCACAAACUAAUUUCUAUUUUAGGUGCUAUUCUUCCUUGUCAGAGGUCUAAAAAGGGCUAUUUUACCUUUUUUUUCUAGAAUCAAGUAGGAUUAGGAAGAAAUAAAUCUUUGCAUCUAUUGUAUGGAAUGCCGCAUUUGAAAGAGUUUUUUUUGGGGGGGCCCAUCUCUUUCUGGUUGCAUUUUUAAUUACCAUGGAGCACUAUGAAACUUCUACACUUUUAUAAAAAAGGAGUAAUUUCUUGACUCAGGGCAGUCUAGGAGCAGGAACCCCAACUUGAAAGCAAUGAUUGUACUUGUGGGGGAGCAGUUUUGACUUUUUCUAUUAAUGGAUCAUCCAGAAAAAAAAAAUUAUUCAUAUUCUUACAGUAAGAGUCAACAAAUCAUUUCACUUCUUCCCAUCAAUCAAGGAAAAACUAUUUUGUUUCUAUGAGUGACUUAAAAAAAUCAAGCUGGGAUUAAUAUGUUAAGUCUGCCUUAGGUUGAACUGCAUCUCCACCAAGAACACUGGCAGCUGUUAAGACUACAGGAAAGAAUACUUUGGUCUGGUGUUUUACAGAGACGGUUGCUCUGCUAGCCUGUUUUAUGUGCUGUUACUAAGUAGUAACUAUACCUUGAAAAGUUGUUUACAAAAUAGCCAUAAAAGAUCCAGAGCAUGUCUGGUGGAAGUUGAACCUCUGGAUAUACAUCCUUUGAUACUCAAGUCCGGAUAUAAGCUAUCUUGCCAAGAUUUUAGUGACUUAUAUUUUUGUUUUUGUUUUGUUUUUUAUUAAAAAUUUAAAAAAAAA